AUGGUCAUUUUGACAGCUUCCCGCUCGGUGACAUGGUAUAUCAUUGCGAGAGUGGUCCAAGGCGCAGCAACGGCCAUGGUUUCGGUAGCUGGUCUUUCAAUUGUGACAGAGGCAGUCGAUAGAGCGAGUCUCGGGCAAAUGAUUGGAUAUCUUGGGACCGCCAUGACACUGGGAUUCAUGUCCGGUCCACUACUGGGCGGAUUGAUUUACAAAGUCGGGGGAUUCUAUGCCGUGUUUGGUAUGGCUUUUGGGAUCGUUGCUCUGGACUUCUUUCUUAGGCUCGCUGUUGUCGAGAAGAGGAUUGCUGAACGCUGGCUGUGUCUGACUGAUGGUGAGCAACCAACUCAGGAGAAUGGUUAUAUCCCCGAGCAGCCACCAUAUGGAGCUCUGGAAACUAGAACCAGUUGCGGUCAGACUGUGACAGAAAUUUCGACGAGUCCCUUGGCGCUGGGCAAGCUUUUGAAGCAGCCACGGAUUCUUCUGAGCCUCUGGGCAGUUAUCAUCGGGGCUCUGGUGGUCUCGGCAUUCGAUGCGACACUCCCCGUCUUUGUGGAGAACCACUUUCACUGGAAUGUUCUUGGCGCAGGUCUCAUCUUCUUGCCAGGUGCUGCAGCGGCCAUUUUCCAGCCCUGUUUUGGAUUUCUAUCGGACCGUUUUGGAACAAAAGUGAUUACCUUCGCAAGCUUUGCCAUUCUAGCCCCGAGUCUGAUCUGUCUUCGUUUUGUUGAGGAAAACUCGCCAUCCCACAUCGGUCUUCUCUGUGUGAUCCUGGGGAUCGUUGGAAUGUGCAUCGACUUGAGCGAGCCUGCCUUAAUAGUGGAGAUGCAACGUGUGCUGGAUGACAUGGAGUCUGCAGAUCCUGGAGUCUUUGGGGGUAGAGGCGCCGUGGCUCAAGCUUUUAGUUUGGAGAAUAUGGCACAUUUUGGCGGAUUGGCCUUGGGCCCUAUGGUAGGUGGGUUUGGGGAAUUCCGAUCCGGCUGGAAUAACAUAACUCUUGGGCUGGGAGUUCUUUCCGCAGUUACUGCGGUGCCCAUGUUAUGGCUUAGUGGUCCUAUGGAAGAAGUCUCCUGGACAGAGUCUGCAGACGAAGAGAUGGAGCGUGCUCCUCUGCUGACGGAGUAG